UCAGUGUAGCUGUCAAAAAUUGUGGACACGAAGAAAAUUCUUAUUUGUUGGAAGAAAAUACUGAAUUUUCCUGCUAAUUUAUACAAUAAACAGCAAUCCUCCCGCCUCCUGUGGGAAGUUAAAUCCACGGGCUACCGGUGGGAAGUGAAGAUUACCGAGAAUUGUGGUCUGGAAGUGCGUGAAAAUGGCAUCUUCGCCGCCCCCAAUAAAGCCCAAACGUCGUGAGAAAUACUCAAAGGAAACGACUGGCUGUGGCCUGUUGGUAUCUGUGAUCAAGACCCUCGAUGCCAGUGAAACAAAUGAACAGCGCCAGAAGGAAAAGCUGAAGAUUGAGAAGGAAUUCAAGAAGAGCGAUCAACUACUCAAUGAACUCGUCUCGAAGCACGAUGGAGAUCUCACGAAGGUUAUGCAACUCUUCGGGAAGGUUUCCACGCAUGUCACGAUGUCACGUGAAAAAAUCCACACGGUCAAGGAGAAUCUGCAUGCUUGCAAGCAGCUGCUGCGAUGUCGCCGGGAGGAGUUGAAGAAGCUCUGGACGGAUGCGGUGCAGCAGAAGUACGUGCUGGAGAUGUUUGAUCAAAUUAAUGAACUCCGGAAGGUCCCGUCAAUUGUAACAGCCUACACGACAAAGCGUCAAUAUUUGCACGCCACAAAAGCCCUCACGUCGGCCAUUGAGCUCGGUGAGGGAGCUCUGCGGGAAGUUGAGGGUCUCAAUGAUCUCCGUCAUGAUCUUGAGAUGCGCAAAAAUCAACUCUACGCAAAGCUCCUCGAGGAGCUCGCAAAAUAUCUCUACCACGUCAAUACGCAGGAAUUCCUCUUGGGCUUCCAACGUCAAGGUUCCGGACGUAGUAGCACGUAUGCAGCGUCCCCAUUUCAGCGCAACCCCCUGAGAAAAUCCGCUGAGCGGGCGGAGUCCAAUUCAAAGGUGCGCCGGGCAUUGUUUGAAAUGCAACAGGGUGGGGCAUUUGAUGUGGACAAGACGGAAAUUCUCGAGGAUGGCGAAAUGGUGGAUGCCGAACUCAAUUCCACGUACUACAUCGGUAUCAUUACGGAGUGCUUUGCACUACUGAAUAAAGUGCCUCAAUCGCUGGAGACAAUACAAGUACAAAUGCAGAGUGAAUUGGGGCUCAUUGUUACGCGAACAACGCAGCAUAUUGUGGCAUUGGGGCCACCGCUUCCAACCCCCGAGGGACAACCGGCGCCACCGCAUCCGCUUAUUGAGUUGCUGGAUUUGCUGUUUAAGCAAUUUAAAAUUGUCGCUGAAACCCAUUCGCUCCUCCUCAAGAACUACACCCACAUCAUUCAGAGGUACAAGCUCAGUGCGAAGAAUUACGACAUUGUGGACUAUUGGGCACAAGCACAGAUUGUGCUCCAAAAUGUUCUCGUGGACUAUCUGAAUAUCGAUAAUCCGGCUAAUGAUGAGCAACCACGAUCAACAUUCCUCGAGCAAUCGACAAAUCUCAAUACGUACUUCAGUCGACGGAAGUUACCGCACAAGAAGACCCUGUUUAAGUUUGAUAAAUCCUCCCAUACUGUUAGUGAGGGGAAUGAGGCGAAGGAGCAUCGACGAAAUUUGUCUGAUAUGUCGUACGAUGAGGCGACUGUGUUUGAUCCCACGCACACGAGUACGGAUAAGAAGAAGAGGGAACGUGUGCUCGUGUGCAAGCCUGAUUUGUCACUUAUUCGGACAAUUUAUCUGCCAAUUAUGAAUUAUGUGUUUGAGAUUGAGAACAUUGGGAAGACGGGGCAGCGGUGUAGUUUGCACGUGUUCCUGGCGCAACAUGUGAAGGAGACAUUCCUCGCGAGGGGACACAAUAGAUCCCUGCAGAUGACCAUUGAGAGUUUGUCAAAGACACAGGAUGCGUGGAAGGCAAUUGUGGGGCCGGAUGAGGUGAAGAGAUUGGGACUCAAUAGGCCAUUGCUGCAGAGUACGGUGCUUGUUGAGAGUCGAAUACGGGAGACGAGUAAUUUAAUUCAGGAUCUACCGAAUUACUCUGAGGACCUUCUAAAGAUGAUUUGUGCCCUCCUGAAGACAUAUCGUGAAACGUGCCAGGCUGCCUAUAGGGGGAUUGUGCAACCCGAAACGGAGGAUAAACGUAUCUACAGUGUGGCAUGGUUGAAGGAUGAUGACAUUAGUCGCUUCCUGAAGACACUGCCCAAUUGGACGGAUCUCAAGAUGUCCCACAUGCGGAGGCAGCAAUUUGGGAAGCUUGCGGGGAAUGCGUAUGAAAUGUCCGAGGAGGAGAGUAUGGUGCAGGUGCAACAACGGAAUAUUCGUGAAGCGGAAAUGUUGACGAGUAAUCUGUGCGAAGGGGGAAUAUCGCAAUUUGAAAUUCUCUCCGAUGUUGGGGUGCUCAAGGAGUUGGCCAUCAUGCAACAGAGUAUGGAGUGGUUUUCAAAUAGAAUUUCUGAGUUUGCCAGCAAUUUGCGGAAACCAAUUGUCAAUGGGGUGGUGUCGAAUGAGCUAAUUGCUCCGGUUGUCGUGCAAGAUGGCACGAUUAAGGUGCUAACGAAUUUAGCGCUGGAAUUCGAUGAAUUGGCCAAUACGUGCCUACUGGUGCUGCAUCUUGAGGUACGCGUUCAGUGCUUCCACUAUUUGCGCUCAUACCCAUCAGAUCGAACCAAGGGGGACCUUCACAAGGGCGAUAACCUCGAACCUGACUCAAAGGUGCUGAAACUCACGAAAGUUCUCUCGGAUAUGGAUGAGGCAUUCAGUUCAACCCUCCAUCCAAGGAAGGUUAAAUAUAUUUUUGAAGGAUUAGCCCAUCUUGCGGCACGAAUACUCAUCAUGGCGUCCAAUUCGAUGGAAUCCAUUGAUCAAGUUAGCGUUCAGCGGAUGUGUCGCAAUGCUCAGGCACUACAGCAAACCCUCAGCAGUAUCACGGCAACACGAGAGGUGGCUCUUGAUCAUGCGAGGAAUUUCUACGAGAUGCUCUACAUGAAGCCAGAAGAAAUCCUGAGUCAGAUCGUGGAGAAGGGAGCUCAGUUCACGGAGAUGCAAUACUUGAAUGCACUGCAGCUUAUUUGCAAGAAUCGCGGUGUAACUGAUCAGAAUAUGUUGGCGACAUAUCAGCAGAAACUGUCGGAUUUAUUAGGACCGAAGCCCCCACUUGGUGUGACUGUCUGAGCCGGUAUAACCCCCUUUUCUUCAUUUCCUACUUUCCACCAUCUCCCUCCAAUUGCCGACGUGAAAAUUUCAAUAACGAAAAUACAACAAAAAGUUUCAUCCCAGUUCCCAGGGCAUGAAUUCUCUAAGAGUGAAAAACUCCCGUGAGAAACUCCCGAAGGCUUUAGCUCUUUAAAAUAAACGUGAAUACCGAGAAAAUCUUAAGGGAUCAUGCGGAUCAUGCUCACGUGAAGUUUUCCUCACUUUUUCCUGCAAAAAGCCUUUGGGAGUUUAUCACGAGAGUUUUUCACUCUGAGAGAAUACAGCCUCAGGUGAUCCUUGAAAAAAAAAGUGAUCGUGAUUAGUUUUUGACAGAAAAUUUGAAAGAAAAGAAAUUGAAUAAAUUACACCAUGAAAUGGAUUUGGUAAUUUUGUGUUUAACCUCUCACAGAUUGAGGACUUAUUAAAAUUUUCAAGAAUAAAAAAAAA